AACUCCCUCACUGAAGCUAUUAAUGAUUUUGAAGAGAAGCGAAUUGAGUUUGACCAGAAACUGCGGUCCCUGGAAGAAUCCUUACCAAAUAUGUUGGAUCUGAAUGAUAAGGCUGUUGGGCUCUCAGCUAUUGUAAGUAAUGCAGCCAGUAUAGGAAUCCAGUUAAGUAGUAAAGUCCGACAGCUUGAUGUAGCCAAGAAUCGAGUGCAGAAUGUCGAAGCGCUGAUUGGUAACAUAAUAAGUCUGUGCAAAUGUGUAAGUGAUACAUCGAAGGCACUUGAAUCCAACAAUGUUAUCGAGGCUGCAAAAAGCGUGUCAGUUUUCCUCAGCAUGGAUGAUCAAACGCUUUCUCUUGUUGAAAGUUUAGAAAAAGAGGAUGUCGGUGUAUCGAUUUUACCAACAUUAAGGGAUCUUCAUAGAGCGGUGGUGUCAAAAUUCUCCUCUGAGUUUGAUGACCUUAUUUCCUCUAAGGAUGUCCCGAGAAUCGAGCAGCUCUUCCGAAUUUGUCCAAUAAUUAAGGAGCACAAUAUGGGUCUUCUGAAGUAUGGAAAAUUUGUUGCCUCAGAAAUCGGCCAAAAAGCUGACAUUCAGCUAUCACUGCUUGUUUCCGUGGAACCAGCGAAACAGCCCACAAUGUACGUCGAUCUGAUGACCGGACUGCUGGAAUCUGUUGCACAGGCUGUUCAGGCUAAUGAAUCUGUCAUUCAGGAGAGUUACGGCGGUGAUGGCCUUCUGAGGUUCAUUGAAAUUGUUCAAGGCGAGUGUGACCGCCAUGCCGAGCUAAUCUUUAUGAAUUUUAAAGAGAAAAAUGACUUGCCGGUCUUUCUGCAACGCACGCGCCUCGAACUCUCUGUAAAUUGUCGCUCUGCCAGCACCGCCUCCUCAGCCUCUGGUCAGCAAAAACAAACUCCAUUGUGCGAUUACUGUUUGUCAACUGAAUCGUUGAUAUCCGAUUUGGUUUUGUUUAAUGCUCGGAUAGAGCUCUACCUCAAUUUCCUACGUCGACGACUACUUCGCCAUAUUUGUCCAAAUAAAUCAGCCUUACGCUUCUCUCCCCUCCUCGCUGUAGCUGCAGAUCUUCGGCGAUUCUUCAACCAAUGCCUUUUGUCAAAAAUUUCACAGGAAAUCGUGGAUGCCUAUCUUCCCCUAGAGCAGUUAUUCUUGCGCGAACUCGUCAACAAGGCUAUACUUUUGGAUGAGCUGGACGAGUCUACGAAGACCUUCCGCCUUGUUGACGACGUUUUCUUUGUGGUAAAGAAGUGCCUCAGCCGUGCGAUAUCCUCUGGCAGCGUGGAUGCCGUUUGCGCCAUGUUCAACCACGCCGAUGCCGUCCUCACCGACCAGUUAAUUGAGGACACUCUCACCGCGCGGACGAAAAGCUGCACCUCCUCUGGGUGGAUCCAGCAGGCCUACUACCUCGUGCACAAGCGCGCUGGAAGCGGAACCCUAGCAACUGGGCUUCUCGGCACGACAAACUCGGAGGCCUCUUCUGUCGCGUCGGCUGGUCUCUCCACCGCCGGCAGCGUUGCCAACUUGGACUCCCAAACGCAGUACCUAUACGCCCUGAAUUCUCUCGAGGCCUGUCUAAAUUGCCUGUUUAUCCUUCAAGAAACCCUGGAACAGUACAUCAAGGAGGUCUUUGGUUUGCGGCGAACAUCCGACCUCAGUAAACUGCAGGCCUGCCUGUCGGAUCUAAUUGGCUCACUGAGCAAGGCCUUUCGAACUCUGCUCGAUGGGGCUUUUGAUCAACUUCGCGCCGUAAUCCGACCACAAGUGAACUCCCUCACCCAGUCAUUCAAUUCAGUCAAACGGGACAUCUCCGAGGAGGAGUUUGAGCAGUACGCAGUUAACGAUCCGUGGGUUGAGUCACUCAUAGUCGGUCUGCAAGGCCUUUUGAAACCGUUUCAUGUAAGUCAGCCCUGCUACCCACACCCCCUGCACUCUGUCUCACACAAGCCUACCAUCAAAGCCCAAAUUCCACGCCCCAUUACUGACGUCUGUGCAUUUUUUUGUGAUCGAACUGCACAUCUAGGAGGAGGGGAUUCGUCGGAACCGGAUGAGCUAGGGUACCAGCAGCAGGCUGUCCGCUCUCCAAGUUCACUGGUUUCACUCAUCUGUGGUCGUGAUUCGUAUCCACUACCUUCGUGCGCUCUCCUGGAAGAGAUGGAUGCAUCGGCCGCGCUUUCUGUGGGGAACUUCGAGAAAUUCGUCUCUGUGCUCGCCAACGAGCUUCUGCUUCGACUGGAGCGUUUUGUGCAGCAAAAGACCUACAAUCGGUACGGCGCCCUGCAAUUUGACAAGGAGAUGAGGUGCAUCUUCAACUUCUUCACCUCUCUGAGCGCCUUCUCCUGUCGUGAGACUUUCGCUCGCAUCCUCCAGAUCACCAAACUGCUGAAUCUUGAGAAGGUUGAGGAAGUGAGCUACUACGGUGACACAUCCAACUGGCGUUUAUCUGCCAACGAAAUCCGCCGACUUCUCACCCUACGGUGCGUUUCUAUGUUUGUGUAUGCUGCACAAGUACUUCACGACAACAAACGUUUUGUGUAG